CCUCCUCAGCUGGCUAGGAAACAAAAACCCUGACCCGAGAACGGGCAUCCGAAGUCAGCCGUGGAGGAAGAGGAGGAGGGGAUCUGGGGACCCCAAUCAAAAUCCAUACCUCAGCGGGCCCGAUAAUCAUGUGCAAUGAUCAAUGGGGCACAUACGAGAAAUGCGAAACCGCGCGAAAAGAAGAGGGGAGACCAAGUGGGAAUUAAUCGGGAUGGAUCGGCAUUGCUAGCUACCUAUCCCGGUGAUGGACUCGACAACCACCACCGCAAGAACACACGGUGCAGCGAAAGAGACGGUGACCGGGGGAUGAUGCAUAGUGCAGCAAGCGAGAAGCAAGCAGCAGCAGCAGCAGCAGCCAAGUCGGCUGUGCGAUGCUGUGUGACGAUGACCGUCUCACCGAUUAUUGCUUGGAACUUUCUUGUCGGAAUUGCUUAUCGGAUCCGUUCAGUCGAUGGCCUGACUGAAGGAUGGCUCCUUUCUGUUCGGUAUAUUCUGGAAUCAUCUGUUGUUCGGGGCAAAACAAGGCCGGGGAAGCAAAGGAAAACAUCGGCUGAUUGGGAGGAAGAAGGUGGGAUGGAGGGAUUGUGGAGGCCCGGACAAUCCCCGAAUUCUCCAGCUCUCUGUAUUCUUUUUUCCCCGGAGCGGAGCACAUGAUCCGUUCGAAGGCCUGCCGAAUCGGGCAUCAAGGGUCUCGGCCCCCCGCCCGUCUUUCCCCAGAUGGUCUUAGUCCCUUCUUUCUUACCCGACAAUCUCUGCCUUUUCAAACCACAGCAAUCCCGAUCAACAAACAUGAGCAGACAGACACAAAUUGUCACUGGUUCGUCUCAGUGAUGUCCCCAAAGCAUGCGGGCAGUUCUUAUCUUGUCCUCAUUGAUGUACUCACUGCAAAGUGACAAGAUUUCUUUUCUUUUCUUUCUUUUAUUUUUAUUCCUUUAUAUAAACUGUGAAUUCCCCGUUGCGGCUGCUACCGAGUGAUUAAUCUCCAUGACUAUUA